GCCUCGGCGAAUAGCAGCGCGCUGCCCGCCCGGAUUGGAGCAGCAGCAUCACGCUGACCUCCGCCUGGGCUGUAAACCGAGCCGGCCGCUGCGGGCAGAGGCAGGCUCUCGGCGCCUCCGGGAAAGGCAGCCCCACGGCCGAGCUCCGCGAGGCUCGCAGGGACCCGGGCAGCGCCCCAGCCGCGGCUGCGGGGAGCAGGGGAGCCCGACGCGGGCGCGGGCGGGGAGCGUGCGUCCGUCGGCAGCAGCGGGAGGAGGGGCGGCGCCAGCCAUGGCCGGGGACAGCGAGCAGACCCUGCAGAACCACCAGCAGCCCAACGGCGGCGAGCCCUUCCUGAUCGGCGUCAGCGGGGGCACGGCCAGCGGCAAGUCUUCCGUUUGUGCUAAGAUUGUGCAGCUCCUGGGACAGAAUGAGGUGGACUGUCGCCAGAAGCAGGUGGUUAUCCUGAGCCAGGAUAGCUUCUACCGUGUCCUCACUUCGGAGCAGAAGGCCAAAGCCUUGAAGGGCCAGUUCAAUUUUGAUCACCCGGAUGCCUUUGACAAUGAACUCAUCUUCAAAACACUCAAAGAAAUCACUGAAGGGAAAACAGUACAGAUUCCCGUGUAUGAUUUUGUCUCUCAUUCCCGGAAGGAGGAGACGGUCACUGUCUAUCCCGCAGACGUGGUGCUCUUUGAAGGGAUCCUGGCCUUCUACUCCCAGGAAGUACGAGACCUGUUCCAGAUGAAGCUUUUCGUGGACACAGAUGCCGACACGCGGCUCUCCCGCAGAGUAUUAAGGGACAUCAGCGAAAGAGGGAGGGACCUUGAGCAGAUUUUAUCUCAGUACAUUACGUUCGUCAAGCCUGCCUUUGAGGAAUUCUGCUUGCCAACAAAGAAAUACGCUGAUGUGAUCAUUCCUAGAGGUGCAGAUAAUCUAGUGGCCAUCAACCUCAUCGUGCAGCACAUUCAGGACAUCCUGAACGGAGGGCUCUCCAAACGGCAGACCAAUGGCUAUCUCAACGGCUACAUCCCGUCACGCAAGCGGCAGUCCUCGGAGUCCAGCAGCCGGCCGCAUUGACCCCUGUCUCCCCCCGACCCGGCCCCUACCUUCAAGAGACAGGAGGAGGGAUCAGGAGGCGGUGUUCAUCUGUACACGUGGUUUCCUAUGACAUUGCUGUAUUUAAGAAAACACCAUGGAGGUCACAUGCCUUUGGUUUUUCUUUCUCUGUUUUUGUUUCUUUUUGUGCUUUGGAGCGGCGCAAUGAAACCGAAUUUGACCCUGAGCUUAAAUGAUAAACUGUGCCAACUACUACUGGUGAUGCCUAAUUAUGAAUCCAACGUGUAACCAGUUAUAAAUACAUAUAUAUAUAUAAAAGGAUCUAUUUUUGUGUAAAUGUACAAAUACUGUAAAGCUGUUUGCUGUAAGUAUUCUGCAGGAGGGCCUGUACUUGAGUGUCUGGGGGCUCGAGCUGGAGUCUUGGUCCAGUGGGGAUUGCCCUUGUGAUGCCCUUGUGAUGGAUCCAGGCGGGGCAGGCUCAGGCCUCGGUGUGGGAGGCUGGAGUGGCUCUGAGUGCCUGUGCCACUCAGUGACAGUGGGGUUGGGAGCCUUGGGUUGUCCCCCUGCCACAGUGCCACCUUCCCGGAGCAGGAGCUCUGUGACACGUCGACAAGAGAUACCCCCUUCUUCUUUCCUCCUUCUUCUUUUUUUUUUUUUUUUUGAGUGGAAAUUAGGCAAGACCUCAGCUCAAAAAUCAAACUCAGGGAAGAGGCCCACUGAAGAGAAACAAGUCUUCUGUGUUUUCUUCUUGCCUGAUGCCCCACCUCUGGCCGCCUGGUAGCUCAGGGUCUCCUUCCUUAGCCACCCAGGCUCUCCGAAAGCCAGCGCCGCCUCUCUCUCCUUCCUUGACAGGGAUUUGAUGGGAUCAUUUCCUGGUAAAAUAUGGGGAGGAGAGAGUAGCAAGGUACCUACUGUAGCGUCCGAGGAAACACUGGUUCCUCCCGCCUCCCGGGGACGUCUACGGUUAGAUUCCCUGGGCCUUUUCCCAGAUUGCAGAGCACAGGUGGCCUCUUGAGUUCGGGCUUCAGAGGAGGGCUUCUGCUAGCAGCAAGACACUUGGUGGCCCCUCACAGGGUGGCGACAGCCCUGCAGGGGUUAUUCACCGAGAUGCGGGGCUUGGCUGCCGGAUGAGGACAGCACGCACUUUCCAGCAGGAAUUGUCACUCGCAGCAUGACAGUCGCCAUAGUUACUGGGUAGAGAGUUCCACUUUUCCUGAGGGCUCCCUCUCUGGGAGAAGUACAGAUCCCUGAUGAUCCUUGCUGGAUGGGGGGCAGGAAGUGGGGGGGACUAGGUGAGACCGAGACUGAGGAGUGUAGAGUCCUAAAGCCUCAGCUUUUAACUGCAGAUGAGUCAGAGGCCUGCAUUUCUUCCUCGACCUUCUCAGUGCUUGGGAGGCCACGGCCCGAAACGUUUUGGGGAACCCUCUCCCUCCAUUGCUGUCCUAGCCCAUUGGAGCCGUUCAGGUAAACCUGACACAGCCACUCUCCCGCCACACCGCACUGCCCCCGAGACUUAAACCGCCAUCCAAUUUGAUUCCCCCUUUCUGGGUUCCAUUGGACUCUAACGCUGUUUUGCUGUUUCAAAAGAGUCAAACCUCCUCCCCGGCAGAGCUUUGCCACCCCUGAGUCAUCCAGGAGACCGCAGCAGGCUCUGGAGGGAGCAGGGGAAGGCUCUCCGAGGUGCCCACGUUGAAGGCCAGUUCUGGAUGUCUCAGAGUCCGUAUUCUCUUUCUUGUCAUGCCUCGACAGUUCUGACAUGAAGCGUGGGUGCAGGCCUGGGUUAGGAUCCUGAGGACCCAAGGCCUUGUGCCUUGAUGGGGCCUCUCUGUGCCCAGGGGCAGCCCACUCCUGUCUGGGGGAGCCUUGGCCUUCCGGUGGGUAGCACAUUCAACUUUACUUGAAGCUCCCAGGUGCCAAACCAUUUAGUGCCUUGGCUGUCUGUCCCACUGCCUUGGAAGAUGGAUUCUUCUCAUCUCUGAGCCUUGACUUUCUUAGCUGCUUCCUCAUCUACCUGUGGUGUUGGGACCAAGCCUCCAGUGUCUCUGCUGGGAAACAGUGCUAGGCCUGCCUUGCCUCCAGGUAAAACUGUCACAGGUCUUGGUGGCUUGGCUGGGGGCACUGGGGCAAGGAAGGGAGGAGUCUGCCCCUGUGUGGCCACCCCAGCAUUUAGUCAACUGAGCAUCUGAGUUUGAGCCUUCUACCUGGCAAAUCCUGGACUUGGUGUGUUGAGAGCCCUGGGAUCUCUGAUUCCACUGGUGAGUCAGGGGUAGGAUCAUUAGGCCAGAGACCAUGACCUGAGUCCUGUGGGUCUUGUCUGCAGCCCAGGGAGGAGGGACCGACAGGCAGGGUGGGGAUGAUGUUGGUCAUGUGUGCACGGGAGUCCCGUGGCUUCAGAGCUGCCCAAUGGUGCUUGUUCUUUUCCCCACCCCUGCCCAGGUAUUAUCCACAGACCAAGUGUUUAGGGAACACACAUCCAAGCUUCGUGUCACGGGAAGGCCUGACCACCUCCUCUUUCGCGCUAAUAGAACUUAUGCUGACCCGGGUUUCUUUUCCUUGGGCAGCCGGAGGCCAGUGGGGACAGAGAGGUUGGAGUGUGUGUAAGGAACACGCGAGUGUUUGGACCUCAGGUGUCCUUUGGAGUGCCUAAGGUAGGCCCUCGAGGUGGGCCCCUGAACAGGCCAGGGGGCGGGUGCAGGGAAGGGUCUCCUGUUCACCCUUCAGAACCAAUCAUUCCCCAACAGCCCGCUCCGGUCUCAGCCGCGGAUGCUGCCCACCCGCCCCUGCUGGGCUCAGCACUGGACGCUUGUCCCCAGGCCCAGGGCGGGUUGCCAGUCUUUCAUGAGGUCACUAGGUCAGGCUGAAGGCUUGCGUAUUCCCCCGAGCAGGUGGGAACCAGCAGGGACUGGAGCCCAGUUGGUUUGUGGAGCCCCUCCUUUGCUGACCUGGUACAGCUUCCUCGAUUUAGCACCCCUGACCUGUGCUGGCACCGAAGGCCCGCGGAGGGAACUAGUAGAUCCUUGCAGGGAAAUGUUUCUGCCCUGGAGUCUCCCACCUGCCUGUCAGCGACUCCAGCACCAAGGGACCGUGCUGGGGUCAGUAGCCUAGGGCAGGUUUGGGAUCGCAGGGCUGUGCUUCUGGGAAGGACCGGCUGGACUUUGGUCUAACGCUGCCUUUCCCCUGUCUCAGGGUGGGGUGGGGGCAACAGGCUUGGUGUCCGUGAAACAAGGGAGACAGCAGGUUGGGAAAAGGCCUGGAGUCAGUCUGGGGCUCAGAGUGCUCUUUGAUCUUUGGUCUCUGGGCCCCAUGCUGCCCUCCUGGGCCUCCAGGUGGCUGGCCUUCAGAUCAGCUUCCUUGCUGCAGUUAGAGGUCACGAGUGCCUAGCUGGUCCUGCCUCAGGAACAGGGUGAGUAGCUAAAUAAAGACGUAGGCAUUUUUUGUUUGGGGUUUGUUUUUUUUUUCUUUCAGAUACUUGGUCUUCCUCCCUUUCUUUCUACUGCCCUGCCUUUAUUGUUAGUAGUUAACAAAAAUGACCGCAUACUAUGUACUUUGCUGUAAAUAAAGUCUGAACGGAAAAAGAGCCAA